UUUGUUUUGGUUAGUUACCCGCUACAGGAUGGGGAAAAGGACAAGCGAGUGAGCGGCACGCGCAUGAAAGAUGUUGAACUUGGCACUAGAAUAGAAUUAAUAGAAUAAAAAAAGAAAAGAUAUAAAAGGGGGCAAAAUCAAAAUGCAGUUAGGGGGUGUGUUGAAUGCACCAUUACUGGUUAUCGUUGGCGCUAGUCCGUACAUAGAGAGGAGUUAGUGCACGAGGGAACGACGAGAAAAUUUUGAUGCGUUAACCGAUCCAAUCCUGGUUUUCAUCCCCCUGCUCGUCGUUCUCUCUCGUUUUCUGAAUUCUUUGUUUUUCUUUUCUUUUUCUUUUUAUCUCGAUACGUGUAUCGAGCUAUAUUCUACAAUGAGCGGAUGGGAAAGAGUUAGGUCGUCGAGAUCACGCAUCGCUGGGUCCAGAACCAUUUCCAGGACCUCAUUUGGGAGCGAGAGUCGGUCUUCUUUGCAAACCGUUCGUCUUGGUCGGGUCCAGCCCCAGGCGCCCUGUUAUCGCACGAUCUACUGCAAUGACAGAGAGGCCAAUUUACCUGUUAAAUUCAAGGGAAAUUCCAUAUCAACCACAAAGUACAACAUCUUUACCUUUUUACCAAAAGGUUUGUUUGAACAGUUCAGACGGGUAGCUAAUCUUUACUUCCUUAUGAUCUCUGUUCUAUCUACGACACCAAUCAGUCCUGUCCAUCCUAUAACAAACGUUGUGCCACUGAGUUUGGUACUUUUUGUCUCUCUUGUUAAGGAGGCCUUUGAGGAUUGGAAACGCUUGCAUAAUGAUAGGGUGAUAAAUCAUUCACCUAUAGAUGUAUUGCAAGACCAGAGGUGGGAAACUAUCCCUUGGAAGAAGCUUCAAGUUGGGGAUAUUGUCAGGGUUAAACAAGAUGGCUUCUUUCCUGCAGAUUUACUGUUCCUUGCAAGUACAAAUCCUGAUGGUGUCUGCUACAUUGAGACUGCAAAUCUUGAUGGUGAAACAAAUUUGAAGAUUAGAAAGGCGCUUGAAAGGACAUGGGAUUACUUGACUGCUGAUAAGGCCUCUGAAUUUAAAGGGGAAGUACAGUGUGAACAACCAAAUAACUCAUUGUACACUUUCACUGGCAACCUUAUGGUCGAAAAACAAACACUGCCUCUUACACCAAAUCAAUUAUUAUUAAGAGGAUGCAGUCUAAGGAACACAGAAUAUAUAGUUGGAGCUGUUAUAUUUACUGGGCAUGAAACAAAGGUUAUGAUGAAUGCCAUGAAUGUUCCUUCUAAAAGAAGUACUUUGGAGAGGAAACUUGACAAACUUAUACUUGCUCUUUUUGGUGCUCUCUUCUGUAUGUGUCUUAUUGGAGCCAUUGGCAGUGGUCUGUUCAUAAACCGCAAGUACUAUUACUUGGGCCUUGGUGAAAGUGUUGAAGAUCAAUUUAACCCAAGCAACAGAUUUGUGGUUGCCAUUCUGACUAUGUUUACGUUAAUUACAUUAUACUCAACAAUCAUACCUAUUUCUCUCUAUGUUUCCAUUGAGAUGAUCAAAUUUAUUCAAUCCACUCAAUUUAUCAACAAGGAUUUACAUAUGUAUCAUAUUGAAACUGACACUCCCGCACUGGCACGUACAUCUAAUUUGAACGAGGAGCUUGGUCAGGUUGAAUACAUAUUUUCUGACAAAACGGGAACUUUAACAAGAAACCUGAUGGAAUUCUUCAAGUGCUCAAUUGGAGGGGAGGUGUAUGGAGCUGGUAUAACUGAAAUAGAAAGGGGAGGAGCUCAGCGUAAUGGCACAAAAGUUGAGGUACAAAAAACAGUUAGUGAAGAGCAUGAGAAAGGCUUUAAUUUUGAUGAUGCCAGACUUAUGAGAGGUGCUUGGCGGAAUGAACGUAAUCCUGAUUCUUGCAAGGAAUUCUUCAGAUGCCUUGCUAUAUGUCAUACUGUGCUUCCAGAAGGCGAUGAAUCUCCAGAAAAAAUUACUUAUCAGGCUGCAUCCCCAGAUGAAGCUGCUUUAGUUAUUGCAGCCAAGAACUUUGGUUUCUUCUUUUAUAGGCGUACACCCACAAUGAUCAUGGUCCGUGAGUCACACGUAGAGAAGAUGGGUAAUAUUCAAGAUGUCUCUUAUGAGAUUCUAAAUGUUUUGGAGUUCAACAGUGUAAGGAAGCGUCAAUCCGUCAUCUGCCGUUAUCCAGAUGGAAGGCUUGUUUUAUACUGCAAGGGUGCUGAUUCUGUCAUAUAUGAAAGAUUGGCAAAUGAAAAUAAUCAGAUAAAGAACUUAACUAGGGAGCACUUAGAACAGUUUGGGGCAGCUGGUUUACGCACACUUUGCCUUGCCUAUAGGCAUUUGAGUAACGACCUGUAUGAAAGCUGGAAUGAGAAAUUCAUCCAAGCAAAAUCUUCAUUACGAGACCGUGAGAAGAAGUUGGAUGAGGUGGCUGAACUUAUAGAGAAGGAGCUUAUUUUGAUUGGUUGUACUGCCAUAGAAGACAAGCUCCAAGAUGGAGUGCCAUCUUGUAUUGAGACACUUUCUAAAGCUGGAAUCAAGAUUUGGGUGCUAACAGGGGACAAGAUGGAAACAGCAAUAAAUAUAGCCUAUGCAUGUAGUUUGAUCAACAAUGACAUGAAGCAGUUCAUCAUCAGUUCAGAGACUGAUGCAAUUAGAGAAGUUGAAGACAAGAAUGACCCAGUGGAGACAGCCCGCUUUAUCAAAGAGACAGUCAAACAAGAGCUAGGAAAAUGUCUUGAGGAAGCACAACAGUAUCUACAUGCAGUAUCUGGACCCAAAAUGGCACUUAUAAUUGACGGGAAGUGUCUAAUGUUUGCAUUGGAUCCAACUUUACGUGGAAGUUUGCUUAACCUGAGCUUGAAUUGUAGUUCAGUGGUGUGCUGCCGUGUUUCUCCAUUGCAGAAAGCACAGGUGACUAGCAUGGUCAGGAAAGGUGCAAACAAAAUAACACUUGGCAUUGGGGAUGGUGCCAAUGAUGUGAGCAUGAUUCAAGCUGCUCAUGUUGGCAUUGGAAUAAGUGGGUUAGAGGGAAUGCAAGCUGUCAUGGCUAGUGAUUUUGCAAUAGCUCAGUUUCGUUACCUCACAGACUUGCUUCUUGUGCAUGGCCGUUGGUCAUAUCUUAGAAUUUGCAAGGUUGUGACAUACUUUUUCUACAAAAACCUUACAUUCACUUUAACUCAGUUUUGGUUCACCUUCCAUACUGGGUUUUCUGGUCAGAGAUUCUAUGAUGAUUGGUUCCAGUCUUUGUAUAAUGUUAUUUUUACAGCUUUGCCAGUGAUCAUGGUUGGACUUUUUGACAAGGACGUCAGUGCAUCACUUUCUAAGAAGUACCCUGAGCUAUACAAGGAGGGAAUAAGAAAUUCCUUCUUCAAAUGGAGGAUAGUAGGGGUCUGGGCUUUCUUCGCUGUGUACCAGUCAUUAGUCUUCUAUCACUUUGUGACUACUUCAAGUUGCAAUGGCCACAAUUCUUCAGGCAAGAUAUUUGGCCUAUGGGAUGUCAGCACCAUGACCUUUACUUGUAUUGUGGUUACUGUUAACUUACGUCUUCUUAUGGCCUGUAAUUCAAUCACAAGGUGGCACUACAUGAGUAUUGGAGGCAGCAUUUUAGCAUGGUUUAUUUUCAUAUUUAUUUAUUCUGGAAUUAUGACACCAUAUGAUAGGCAUGAGAACGUAUUUUUUGUCAUUUAUGUCUUAAUGAGUACAUUUUAUUUCUUUCUCACACUUCUCCUUGUUCCCGUUGUUGCACUUCUUGGGGACUUCCUGUACCAAGGAGUUCAAAGAUGGUUCUUCCCCUAUGACUAUCAGAUUAUACAAGAAAUGCACCGAGAUGACCCUGAAGACACCAGCAGGGAAGUGCUAUUAGAAGUUGGAAGCCACUUGACAGCAGACGAGGAAAGGAGCUAUGCGAUCUCUCAACUCCCAAGAGAGACAUCGAAGCACACUGGUUUUGCUUUUGACUCGCCAGGCUAUGAGUCGUUCUUUGCUUCACAACAGGGCGUUUAUGCCCCACAGAAGCCCUGGGAUGUGGCCCGAAGAGCCAGUAUGAGAUCACAAUCGAGGACACCAAGAACAAAUUGAAUUAUGAGAAAGAAUUUUGUACAUUUUUUGACAUUUAACCUCAAAAAAUAUUGUAAAAUAGCUGUGCCAUAUCCUGGUUUCGAUUCUUUACCCAUUUUUUUCUUCCUCCACCAUACGAGCCGUUGAGGACUUAAAAGUGUUUUUAGGAGUAGUCGUUCACAGUGGUUGUCAGUGUCACAUGGUCCGACUAAUACAGGGAAAAUCUAUGCUCUGCUGGAAAGACAUGACCGAAAAAACCACCUGAGGUUACCAUUUGUGUGAUAUUGAUUCACUUCUUACAAGUGGAAUCCUUAUUUAUGACAUCAUCCAUUGACACAUUUGAUCCAAAUGGAUUCAACCA